CGGCGCGGGCCCGGUGCGGCGCGGGCGGCGAUGAGGCGGCGGCAGCGGCCCCCGCGCUCCCGUCGGCGCUGAACUCCGCGCCCGCACUUCCCCCAUCCCUCCCCAUCCCGUCCCGUCCUGGCUCUGCUCCUCCACGCCCCCUCAUCUCCCCUUGCUCCGGCCAGCCCUUCCCCCUCCAUGCGGCGGGAGCGGCCGGAGUGGGGCCCGUGCCGCGGCCGCGCCGAGCCCCGCCGUCCUUCACCUCUUCGCCGCCAGAUCCCGCAGGGAGCCGCGGACGGUGUCCAUAGCGACAGCAGCGGGAACUUCAUGUUGGUGUUGCUUAUGCCAGAAUAUAGUAAGCAAGGCAAAUUAGCUCCAGCCUUGUGUAAACUUUUAAUUGGCCAACAUGAUGCAAUUGAGAAUGAAUUCCAGGUGGCUUUGGAAAUGAACGAGAACUGAGCGCUCUGGCUGGAAGCUGAACGUGAUGACGGCCUGGUCUAUGGUAGGGAAGCUGAAAAUGGAGAAGAGGCACUCCAGAGAAGACAGAAAUGUGGAGCAAGACGCGGGGGAAUGCAGUGCUGAAUCUGAGGAAUGGACGAGCUCAGAAAGUGAGCCUGAGCAACCAUACUUCAGAGGCAGUACUCAGUGGAGAGAAAAGGAGGUUUCCACCAAACCCCAUCGGCCGCUCUGCCGGUCCCCAUGCCUGGAUCGCCCAAGCUUUUCACAGAGCAGUAUCACACAAGACUUGAAGCUAGAUGAAUGCAAAACAAAUUUGGACAAGGAAUACCAAGCUAAAAUGGAUUUUGCUUUAAAGCUUGGGUAUGCAGGAGAUCAGAUCCAGGCUGUACUGAAUAAGUUGGGAGCGGAUGCGCUCAUCAAUGAUGUUCUAGCAGAGCUUGUGAGACUUGGCAACAAAAGUGAAUCAGAGGGACAAAGCACUGCCAGCAGUACCACUGGUACUCUGGUGUCAAGAGGCCCUUGCCCAAAGGAAAUAGCAAGCCCUGAAUUGUCACUGGAAGAUGAAGUGGUGGAUAACAGUGAUAACUUGAGGCCAAUUGUCAUUGAUGGAAGCAAUGUCGCUAUGAGCCAUGGGAACAAAGAAGGAUUUUCCUGCCGGGGAAUUCAACUAGCAGUUGACUGGUUUCUGGAAAAAGGACAUAAAGAUAUCACUGUGUUUGUACCUGCAUGGAGAAAAGAACAGUCUCGACCUGAUGCACCAAUUACAGAUCAAGAAAUAUUACGUAAAUUGGAGAAAGAAAAAAUUCUUGUUUUCACCCCGUCUCGAAGAGUUCAGGGAAGAAGAGUAGUUUGCUAUGAUGAUCGAUUCAUAGUAAAACUUGCUUUCGACUCAGAUGGCAUCAUUGUGUCAAAUGAUAACUAUCGGGAUCUUCAGAAUGAAAAACCAGAGUGGAAGAAGUUCAUAGAGGAGCGGCUGCUAAUGUAUUCUUUUGUGAAUGACAAAUUUAUGCCUCCAGAUGAUCCUUUGGGACGUCAUGGUCCAAGCCUUGAAAAUUUCUUGAGAAAAAGGCCAGUUAUUCCUGAACAUAAGAAACAACCGUGUCCUUAUGGUAAAAAGUGCACCUAUGGGCACAAAUGUAAAUAUUACCACCCAGAACGUGCAAACCAGCCUCAAAGGUCAGUAGCGGAUGAGCUUCGAAUAAGUGCCAAAUUAUCAGCUGUGAAAACUAUGAGUGAGGGAGCCUUGGCCAAAUGUGGCACAGGGCCAUCCAGCUCCAAAGGAGAAAUCAGUUCUGAAGUGAAACGCAUUGCCCCAAAACGUCAGUCAGAUCCAAGCAUUAGGUCAGUAGCUGUGGAGCCUGAGGAAAAGUUAUCAGCAGCCCGGAAGUCCGAGGCCAGCUCUGUCCCGUCUCUGGUUUCUGCAUUAAGUGUACCAACGCUCCCUCCACCAAAAAGCCAUGCAGCUGGUGCAUUAAAUACUCGUUCUGCAAGCAGUCCGGUGCCAGGUUCCUCACAGUUCGUACAUCAGAAAUCCUCACUGGAACAUAUGUCCAGUGUGCAAUAUCCUCCUAUACUAGUCACCAAUAGCCAUGGCACCUCAGUUAGCUAUAUUGACCAGUAUCCCAAAUAUGAGUCACUGGGGGACCAUGGCUAUUACUCCUUACUCAGUGAUUUCUCCAACUUAAGCAUAAGUAGUAUCCGUAACUCAGAUUAUUACGGGGCUGAUAUGGACCAGGGGAUGUAUUCUAGAAACUCAAGCCCCUGUCCUGACAAUUGCUUAAGCCAUACAAGUAAUGAUUCUUAUUCCUCUUACAAUGACUUGUAUCUGGGUGUAGCAGAUGCCAGUCCAGAAGACAAUGUGAAGAGCCACAGACUGCCAUCGAAAAAUCGUCUUCAGCCUUUCCCUCAUGGUUACCAUGAAGCCUUAAAUAGAGGUCAGAGUUACGGAACUGAAGAGCCUAAGCAAUCCCUUCGCAAACAGUCAGUUUCCCACUUAGGCCUACAUGCCCAGCAUCCAGUUGUUGGAGCACGGUCCAGUUGUCCAGGAGAAUACCCUGUGCCUCAAAAUGUUCAUCCAUCAACUGCACAACCAAGCCGUGCCUUGGUGAUGACAAGAAUGGACAGCAUUUCUGACUCUCGGCUUUAUGAGAGUAACCCCACGAGGCAGAGACGGCCACCUCUGUGUCGGGAGCAGCACGCCAGCUGGGAUCCAUUGCCCUGUGCAUCAGACUCCUACACUUACCACUCCUAUCCGCUGAGUAACAACCUCAUGCAGCCAUGUUAUGAACCUGUCAUGGUAAGAAGCAUGCCUGAAAAGAUGGAACAGCUCUGGAGAAAUCCCUGGAUUGGGAUAUGUGGUGAGCCACGGGAACCUCAUAUCAUCCCAGAACAUCAGUAUCAAACAUACAAGAACCUCUGCAAUAUUUUCCCUCCAAGCGUUGUCCUUUCUGUGAUGGAGAAGAAUCCCCACAUGACAGAUGCACAACAGCUGGCAGCUAUGAUUGUUGCCAAAUUAAGAACAGGGCGUUAGAGCAGUAAAGCCUCUUUUGGAUAAAUGAACCUGUACAGCACUUAGGACCCAGAGGAAAACCUACAUGAAGGAAGAGGCCAAUCUAUUGUAAAUAUUUUCUACUAAGAUAGUAUAAAGUUCUGUACACAGUAGCAAUCAUAUAUAUGCUGAGGCACUAUAUAAAAGUUGAUUGUAUUGCAAAUUUUAAGAUUUUAAAAUAUAGGGAUUUUUAAUAGUAUUUUAUAGGAAAUGCAUACCUUGCUGCAUGGAUAGCUCACUAAGAACUAUAAUGUCACAAUCAGUGUCUCAAAGCUGUUACUACAAAAUUAGUGUUAGCAAUUAUAUUGCAUGUAUUAGUGUACACUUACAAUUUGCUUAUAAAUACCUAAUCGGCCUCUAAAAGUAUGCUCUAUACACACCAAGAUGACUUUUAGGGUUUCAGCUUUGUCAUUUGACACUGCCUAGUGGCAUCUUAAGUAGUGAAGAAAAAGUAAAUUUGCUAAAAAUUAAAAUUGUUUAUAAAAGGAAAAACUGAUUUCAGAUUUUCAAUGUCAACAUGGUUGUUGAUACUUAAAUUUCAGAACCGUCCCUCGAGAGUUUGAAUAACUAUUAUUACAUUGUUCAAUAUGUUGGCUCAAUCCAACAGAAGCCAAAUACUUUAUUAAAUUAGGACCAAAACAUUAAGGAAUGUAAAGGCAUGAGUGCCAUUCAGUAAACUGAAACUUUAACUGUAGCUUCUCUCCAGAAUCUCCUCUCAAACGUGCAGUAAGCAGCUGCUGGCCCAAAUAACUAGACAAGCUGAAAAUAAAUUGUCAGUAUUAUGUAAACUGGAUUACUCAACUUGAAGCAGCAAAAACUGGAUGUUAACAUGGAAGUUCAUCAGUAACCACAGCCCUUCCUCUGGGAGCAAGGAAGGUGUUGGAGUGAGCCUGACAUUCAAGGUGGCUGUACAAGAUCAUCUUCAAAAAGGGUGGAGGGGGAAGGCUGCUUCUUGAAAAGAGAUGCUCCAGUUUGGGUUUGUGACAAAGCUGUCCUGGUUUUUGCUCUUCAGAUCCACGCAAAGGUGUGCAUUUGCCUCGUGAAGGCUUUUAGAAUUCCUGUUUCAACAGGUGAGCUAAUUUUGUGUGGCAUUGUUUGCGCAACUGGUAUCUUGCUCAGGGUGGGAACCUUUGUAGCUAAAUGUCUCCAAAAGAGGCGUUUAUUGGUUUUUUUAAGCUGCACUGACUGUACGCCCUUUUUUGAAUCCACUGUAUAUUUCAACAUUUUGAACCAUGACUAACUCGACAUGUCUCGAGCUAGGACUUGUUGACUUCUACUGUAGUUUUUUUCAUGAAAGUUGAGAAGGCCUGGUUUAUGGCCUUUUGUUUCUUCAUGAGAAGGUGUGACACUGCCUAAAUGUUUCUUACUGUGAAACACACAGAACGUGAGGCUGCAGUCAGGGUUGUUUCUGGUGUUUUGAUAAUGGCUUGCAUGCUGCUUUCUAGUUAUCUGUUUGUCUGAGAAACAAAGUUUAUCAUUUCCUCCACUUGUGUUACUGUAGUGGUUGGUUUGAUUCAGAAUAUCUUGUGGGCUCUUUAUCACGUGCAAAAUAGGUUCCUGUCAUAUAAAAAAACCCACCAAAUGAACCAACAAGAAACCACAAUUAUGGGUGCAACUACAGUUAAUUUACUGACAUUUGAUAACUGUAUCAUUUCACACAGGAUAAAUUUUCUUGUGUUGGUACAGGUGAUGUAUAUAAUGACUAUGUCAUUAUGUAUCUGAAAUGAAGUAACUUGAAGGUGAUCCUGUACUUACAAAUAACUUAAGUUUUAAUUAGUUGGCUAUUCUCUCUGUCAGUGGGGAAAAUAAUUCAGACACUUAUAAUAGCUGGGGGAAAACAGAUUUAACUCUUGACUAGUUUUCGAAAACAUUUCAUAUUUUUAAUUUGCAAUUAAUUCUUAUUCUCUUCUCUUGCAUGAUAUAAGCAGCUGAGAGCAAUGCCUCAAAUAACCAGAAAUGACCUUUUGUUUGUUGAUACAAAUUGUAUCUCUUUUUCUUGAUUGUAUAAAAACUGUGUAUAAAAAAAAAUAAUCUCUAGAUUAACUUCAGUAUUACAUUUUCACCACAAUGUUUGUGACACCGUGUGUCACAGGGAAGUAGCCCAUGAAUAAUUAUGGAUUUUUUUAUUUAAAAUGGGCACUUGUAGUUUAUAGACAAACAGGGACAACUUUUCAGAACCAGGUUAUUAUGUGCACAAAUACUGUGUGUACACCUCAAAGCAUUACAUAGGUAUCUUCAGUCUAUUUAUUAAGCAGAUACAUUCUUGCACUAAACUUUAUGUAAAAAUGUUGCUGUUAACUCAUCUGCAUGUGUUUAAAAUGUAACAGUAAUUGCUAUAGACCCUAUUUUAUUCUAACCAAUUAAUUUAUAAAUUAUUUAGGUAUGAGAUGAAGUUUAUUGUGCACUCAUGUUUUCCAUCUUGCAUGGAAUUAAAUAUUUGUAUGCAGAAAAAUGUUUGUUCCAUUUUUCUCCAUUUAUAAAGAUAAGCUAUUUUAAGAGAGGAUUAGUGGGUGAUUUUGAUGUUUUCUAAUGUGGAAAACUCAACAGAGAUUUCUGUAUGAAGCGCUGGGUGGCUUAUGGAGAUAUCCAUUUUUGUUGGAUCUGUCCAGUCAUUUUAAUUUUCACUAACCUUUGUUUUACUGAUGGAAGAAUUCCUUUUUAAACAAUGGGAAUGCUGUGAGAACACCAACCCAGCAUACUAUUUCCCUAAGGCACUUCAAAGGCAAAUUGUCUUAUUCUGAGGAGCUAUUGGCAUCUCUCGUGCAUAGUUACAGAAUUGGCGCAGCCUUGUGGAAAUAACCUGCAAAUUUUGUGCUUGUUUUGUCCUCCUUAGAGGUAAUGCAACUUUUCUAUGUGAUGUAGUCUUUCCUGAUCAACUACUUUAAGUGAUAAUUUGGUCAUCCACACCUGUUUUCAGAUAUGUUUACAAGACAGUUCAGGACACUGACAUGUUCAUUAAUCUUUAGCGCAUAAGCUUGGAUUUCUUCUUACAUGGAAGAGUUGAUCUUAUUAACACCUGAUCAUAACUGUCUAUAUUGUAAAUAUAAGACUUUGUAUAAAUGCUCUUUUUUAGAGCAUGGUAUUUAAAUGUUUUUAAAACUGUAAAAGAACAGUUCUAGAAACUAUAUUUUAAUAAAAUCCAUGAAAAAACAAUUCUAGAUGAGGGGGGAAAAAAAUUGUGAAGGUAAAAUCAUGGACUACUGCAGUUGAUAAGAGUUGAGCAGUAGAUUUUAGGGCUUUACUGGGGCCAGAGCAUUCUCUGGGAGUUCUGAUUUACUUCUCUUUCAUCUUCAGCUAUAUUACUUUCACAUAAUUUGUCACUUAAAAGUGUGUAACUUUAAAUUCAUAAAUCAAAAACCAAAUGCUUUAUGGGAUGUCAGUCUAAAUUAUUUCAUGUUUUUUGUAAGAAUUAUAUGUCAGUAAUAUAGUAAAUUGUACAUGAUUUCACUGCUGUUAGUCCUGUUGUUGUCAUAUUGAGCUGCAGUAGUUGGCUUUAUUCAUUUGUAGAAUUAAACAUUACUGUUUAAUUGUUGUAAAAUUUUAUAAAUCUCUUUGGGUUUUUUUGGUUGACCCAAAUAUAAUGUAAGUCUUAAUGACAAAAUGAGUGAAAAUGGAUGUUAAACCAGUAUGUGGUAUUCUUAAAUCUCUGUAGUGGUAAGUGGGCACUCCUCUAGUUGCUGCAGCAUGUAAUUUAUUUACUAGCAUGAGUUUGUUUAGCUUUUGUAAAAAUGCUUUAGCUGUAAAGUUAAAAAUAAGUGUGGAGUAUGGUUGUUUAGAACAAGCAGAAGGAGCUUUAUUGAAAAAAAAAAAAAACAAAACCAAAAAAUAUUUAAGUAGGUGAGUUUCCCCCUA